AUGGACACGAGUUUAAAAGAGACGGAAUAUGACGUACUUGUUGUUGGUACUGGUAUAGUAGAAGCCAUUCUUGCAGCGGCGUUAGCUCGAAUCGGCAAAAAAGUUUUGCAUCUCGACCAAAAUGAUUAUUAUGGAAGCAAUUACGCUUCCUUUACAUUGGAUCAAUUCCUUCGAUGGAUGAAAAAUAAAGCAAUUGUUCCUCGUAACUUUGGUGAUGACCAAGAUUCUAAUCAAGUUUAUUGUAAUGCUGGCGAUGCAUUUACAAUUAAUGUGGAGAAUCAGCAAAAAAUACUGCCGAUGAAGAGCUCAUUUAAGUGUCAUGUGCUAGAAGAGAACUUUGCAAAUGAAGUCACGAAGGAGGAAUUGCUACGACAGUCGUCAUCUUUCAGUAUUGACGUAAGUCCACGGCUUAUGCUGUCGUCGGAACAGCUUGUGGAAACUUUGAUCACGUCAGGUGUGGGGAGAUACCUUGAAUUUGCAGCUAUUGAGCGCACUUAUGUGCACUUUCAACCGUCGGCCUCUGGAGCUACACAGAUGGAGAAUGAUCUCGAGCCUGAUACAGUGUGGAAAGUUCCUUGCUCAAAGAAGGAUGUAUUUCAGAGCAAACUGUUAACUAUGGUAGAGAAGCGGCAGCUGAUGAAAUUUCUGCAGUUUGUGGCUGAUUACGGUGAGACGCACAUUUUACACGAAGACGUCAAGACCAAGAAUGAGCGAACACUAGCUCUUGGACGUGCACUGAAGCGACCACAAAACAAGAUGAGUCAGGUAGAUGGAGAUGCUGAGAUUGCGGCGUACCUUGAACGUCCAUUUCAGGAGCUGCUGGAGAAGCACUUUAAGCUUUCCUCCAAAUUGCAGCAGGUGGUCGUGUACUGCGUCGGGUUAGCGACUUUUCCUGUUACGAAAAACCAGGUCUCGGCUCGUGACGGACUUGCUGCGGUCUAUUGCUAUGUGGCGUCAAUCGGGCGCUUCACAGGCACCGCGUUUUUAGCACCAUUAUAUGGCAUUAGCGAGCUCGCGCAGAGCUUCUGUCGCCUUUGUGCUGUGUACGGAGGUAUUUACGUGCUUCGCGCUCCAGUUGAUGGAUUCGUACUGGAUACGGAGACCAAUAAAAUCAGCGGCGUACGAUGCAGCGAUGGCGAUGUGUUGCGGACGAAGCAUAUCGUGACCAACGGCAGCUAUGUUGACUGUUUUCGUCGUACGGAUAGAGACACAUCGACACAUGUGCGUGGUCAGAUACUGCGAGGUGUGUUUGUGUUGAAAACAUCUUUGCGUGACGGUAUGAAUCGCAUCAUGCUAGUCAUUCCACCUGAAGACAGCGAAUUCCAGAACCCGUUUGCUAUUCAAGUUGUGCAGCUCGAUAACGGAUCGUAUGCGUGUCCAAAAGGCUACUUUCUCGUGCAGAUUUCGAUGCCGUUGCCAGCUGAGUGCUUUGACCAAAUGAAGAAACAGCAAGACCUCAUGCAGUCCGUGAUCCGGAGGCUAAUUCUGAGCUCGGAGACUGAGCUGCAGCAGAAGCAGAGCAAAGCAGACGCCAAGUCGUCUUCCUCUCCGGUUAUGAACACUGGUGCCACAGAAACGGAAGCAGCCACAAAUGUAGCUCAGGCAUCCAAUGCCAAGAUAGAUACUCUAUCUAAGCUAAAGUGGAGCGAUCGGAUCGCUUGGCGAGCCAUCUUUACUAUGGACCACCUUGCUUCCAAUGACGCUUUCGACAUCAUUGCCAACACAAAGGACAACGAUCUCCCCGCAAAUGUGUGGGUGUGCGAAACAUCCGUCGUAGGACCCGACUGUAACUCGGAUGCCGUUUCACAAAAAUCGUCUGGCAAUGCUGUCAGUCCUCUGGAAAUGCACCUGGAGAGUGCAAGUGCAAAUGCCCGUGCCAUCUUUGAGGUGCUUUGUCCUGGUGAGCCAUUUCUGCCCAAGAGCGCAAGUGCUCAACAAGCAGAACAAGAGGAGCAAGAGAGUGAAGAGGAGACAGUGCUGCGAGCCGCACAGAAGCUGGUGCAGCAGACACAGCUAAAGGAGGAGCAAACUUCAAGUACCACUGCAGAUAGUACUGCGAGCGAGACUGCUACCGUGGUGGAUGAUGCGAUCAAAAACGAUGCGGCUUUUCCGGUCAGUAGAUUGGACACUGCUAACAAGGAAGACGACCAAUGA